AUGAAGUUGAGACUUAAUCUAGGCAUACAGGAUCUAGGAUAUAGGUUUAAAGUGACUCCAAGCUGCGUCUCCAAAACAUUCUUAGAUGUUAUACAUCUCAUGUAUGUACGCCUGAAAUGUUUGAUUUUAUGGCCAGCAAGAGAAGAACUGCAGAUGUCAAUGCCAAUGGAGUUCCGAAAAUACUUCGGUGUUAAAGUAUCUAUUAUUAUUGACUGUUUCGAAAUAUUCAUUGUCAGACCAUCAAACCUUUUGGCAAGAGCUGAAACAUGGAGUAACUACAAGCAUCAUAAUACUGUGAAAUACCUCAUUGGAAUUACACCACAGGGAGCAGUGUCAUUUCUUUCAAGUGGAUAUGGUGGACGUGUACCAGACAAACACAUAACAGAGAACUGUGGGCUUUUGGCAAAACUUUUGCCAGGUGAUAUCAUUUUAGCUGAUCGUGGAUUUGACAUUUCUGAAAGUGUAGGACUUUGUUGUGCGGAAGUGAAAAUUCCUGCUUUCACAAGAGGAAAAAAGCAAUUAUCCCCCUUAGAAUUAGAGUCUACAAGAAAAAUUGCCCACACGAGAAUUCAUGUUGAGCGAGUAAUAGGACUUGUACGCAACAAGUUCUCCAUUCUGCAGGGCACUAUUCCAAUUGAUUACUUGCUUAGCCAAGAUGAAAAUAUUCCCACUAUUGACAAAAUUACCACUGUGUGUUGUGCACUGACAAAUCUUUGUGAUUCUGUUGUACCAUUUGGCUGA